AGAGAAGCCGCCUGUUACCAGGCAGGGCCGGCCAAUGUCUCAGGGGAAAUGCAGAGGGAGUGCCUCAAAAACAGACGCGAGGGCAAGAAAUGACAGACGCAGACGCACACACAAAACAAAAAAAACUGGGAAACACGCAGAGCACAGCGACCUUGCGAGCCACGUGCUUCCCAGAGACAACUACAACAAAAGCAGCGCGCAGCAACAGCUUCAGCUCCACCCGCCCAUCGCUUGCCGACCAAUGGUUCCAGCUCCCUGUGUGCACCUGGCAUGACUCCCUGCUGGUUCCGGCUCGCCAUGUUUUGGUCAGGGGUUUAAUGCUUAAGAUCUUCUUCAGCAAAAGGACCCGGGCUCAACUGCAAUUAAGGUGGUUGCGUGGUGACCGUCCGGUGCUGGACUAUUAUGCUCCAGCUGGAAGGCACCAAGUGCAGUUUCCUGUUCUGCCUGGGAAUCUGCAUGUUCAUCUGCUCUGUGAUCUACCUGAGUACCAAGGCCCCUACAGAUCCCCAGGCUCAGCACGGGCCCUUGGGCUGCAGGCCCUUCUCCCAGUACUGCCAAGCCUUCCUCCCCAGCACUGAUGGCUCUCCAGCAUGGCAACGCCACGACUGCCAGGUGGAGAGCUAUCUUCUGGGUAUGGGGGGUGUAGGUGGGGACCUGGACUGCUCCCGCCUGGUGAGGGAGCUCCACUUCGUCACCAGCCCGCUGAGUCGUGAGGAGGAAGACUACCCUCUGGCCUUCAUCCUCACCGUCCACAAGGAGCUCGAGCUGCUCGUGCGCCUGCUGAGGGCCAUCUACGCACCCCAGAAUGUCUACUGUAUCCAUGUGGACGUCAAGGCUCCGCAGGAGUACAGUGAAGCCGUGGAUAGCCUGGUGGGCUGCUUCCCCAACGUGUUCCUGGUCAGCCGCAGCGAGAUGGUGACCUACGCCGGCUACUCGCGGCUACAGGCUGACAUCAACUGUAUGAGGGACCUGGUGGCAUCUCCGGUGCCUUGGAGGAAGGUGGUCAACCUGUGCGGCCAGGACUUCCCCGUCAAAAGCAACCUGGAGCUGGUGCGCUACAUGCAGAGCAAGAAGUGGAGGGACAGGAACAUGACCCCGGGCAUCAAGCAGCCGGCGUCCAUGAGGCACCGGACUCAGCUGAGGUACAGGGAGAUCAGGGGCUUCCUUGUGGCCCCCAAGCGAGGAGCACCAAAGAAGGGUGCUCCACCCCAUGGGGUGCAGAUUUACUUUGGAACAGCCUACUACGCGCUAACAAGGACCUUUGUGGAGUUUGUACUGAGAAGUCAGGUGUCCAGGGACUUGCUGGAGUGGUCCAAAGACACAUUCAGCCCAGAUGAGCACUACUGGGUGACACUCAAUCACAUCAAAGAAGCGCCAGGAAGUCAUGUAGACGGAGGUUGGAGCGGCGAGAUCCGGGCAAUAAAAUGGAGGGACCAAGAGGGGAUGGAACACAAUGGAUGCAAAGGUCGUUAUGUCAGGGACAUCUGCAUCUACGGUCUGGAGGAUUUGCAGUGGAUCAUCAACAGAAACAGCAUGUUUGCCAACAAGUUUGAGAGCAAGACCUUCCCAGAUGCUUUGGACUGCCUGGAGCAGUGGCACAGGGAAAAGGUCCUGCAGCAAGCCACGGUUCCCAUUCAGUCAUGGUGGCAACUUGCCACGCAAGGCAACAAAACCGGUCUUUUCAACGCCACAGUGGGACUUUGACGAGUCCGUGGGGUUCCUCCUGACCGGAAUGUACAUCUCCAAUAGACUUGUUGGUUACUGAAUCGCUUUAGAGGGCUGUACUAAAGUGUGCUGCUAGGGUGUGCUGCUUGGUGCGUUAAGCCCAAAUCUUGAGAAUGUCACUGCAUGGAUACGUAAUUAAAAGAUGAAUUCCUCUCCAAUCGUAGGAAACCGAAUGUGAGGUGACCAGAGAAGACUUGUUAUUGACAUAUCUCGGUUGUCCUAAAAAUGCUUUUUGAUAAAAAAAAAUAAAAAACUUGGUAUCACUAAA